AUGAGCACACGAGAUCUGUUCUCUUCUGAGCAAAUGAGUCACACAAAAUUACCGCAAUAUUCUUCGAGAUAUCCUAUAGGAGUGGUCGACAGAUGUGUUGAGACUGGCUCUGAAAACAAUGACUUCGUCUACGAGCAACCUCCCCCAACACCACUUGCGCUCUCUUCAUCUCCGACAACCAUACCCCCCAAAUAUCGCGAGAUCCAACCUCGUCUCAGCGGAUGUGGCAUCAAUCCCAAAACGCCCGAUGACACACUGCUAUUGAAGCCUCCGAGGUGUCGAGGAGGUAAAACGCGCCAGAACCGCCAACGGCGGCCACAAGGAAGAAAUAGGGAGCCAAAGCCAGUCCAACUCGAGGCGGAUGCCAACAUGGUCUCUUUUGCUAGAACCAGGAGCGAGAGUUCCGUACCCGUCAGCCAAUAUGCGGAUUCCGGCCAGUUCUCGAGCAGCCAGGAGCCUUCCGUCGUACCUUAUCCAUUCUCACCGUCGAACAACAUUGCGGGCCCGGAAGUCCGAUUGCCUUUUUCGCCUAACGGUGCUUCCGAUGCUCUUUUCGCCGACCGACCAGCCUAUCACCAUAAUGUGCACUGCUCUCUUGAUCCGUCAGAUAUCCAGGUUUCAUGGCCGAAUCGUUUCUUUGAGCUAAGCCAGGAUCGUGAUCCCAUGAGAGCAGCUUCCGUUCGAUUCGCGGAGAAUCUUGAAAGGAUGCAAGUUCUGCAAUCGUUGAGCAUUGUGCAGGAUUAUAUGGCGAAGCAUCCUUCGGUCUUUGAAAGCCAAGCCCCUGAGAUGGUCCAGAGAUGGAUGUUGGACAUUGAAGGCGUUAAACUAUCAGGGUAUUUGUCCGAAUGA